UCGAGGACCCACAGCGGCACCCCGACAUGGGCGCGCGGAAGCCCCCCUGCUCCCGCCCGCUGCUGGGGCUCUGCGCUCUCCUGUCCUUGGCCACAGCUGCCUUCCUGGGGCGCACCCUGCUCCAUCGCUUCGAGGGGGCCCCCCGGGAAUGGCAUGGCUUCUCCCAGGCCUCGGAGGGGACCCGCCCAGGGUGCCCACUCGCCCCGGAGAGCCACGGCCGUCCCAGAGCCGCGCCCACGCGGUGCGAUGUGCCCCCCAACAACCGCUUCGACUGCGCCCCCGAUAAGGGCGUCAGCCGGGAGCAGUGUGAGGCCCGGGGCUGCUGCUACGCGCCCGCCGGGCGUCCGGCCUCCGGGCUGGGGCAGCCCUGGUGCUUCUUCCCGCCCAGCUACCCGAGCUACGCGCUGGGGAACCUGACCGUCACGGAGACGGGCUACACGGCCACCCUGACCCGCGCCGUCCCCACCUUCUUCCCCAAGGACAUCCUGACCUUGCGGCUGGACGUGCUGAUGGAGACCGAGAGCCGGCUGCACUUCACGGUGGGCGGGGCCCGCCGCGGCCCGAGGGCGGUGGGCGCAGGGUCUCGUUCAUCUCAGGGGAGGUUGCUGUGGCCCACGGGACCCCGACUUGAGCAGGAGAGAUGCGGCUGGGCGCCCUGCCCAGCAGCGGCCACCGCCCAGCGCCGCGGGCUUGGGCCUCCCUCCCCCGACCAUCGCUCUGGCCCCCAGGACCCCGCCAUCAGCAGCUCAGGGCCCCCCGGGAGCUACAGGCCGUUCGACGAGGGGCUGCGGAGGGGCGUCUUCAUCACCAACGCCACGGGCCAGCCGCUCAUCGGGAAGGUGUGGCCAGGCCCCUGCGCCUUCCCCGACUUCACCAACCCCGAGGCCCGGGACUGGUGGCAGGACAUGGUGGCCGAGUUCCACGCGCAGGUGCCCUUCGACGGCAUGUGGAUCGACAUGAACGAGCCGUCCAACUUCGUGAAGGGCUCCCUGGACGGCUGCCCCGACAGCGAGCUGGAGCGCCCGCCCUACCUGCCCGGAGUGGCUGGCGGCAGCCUCCAGGCGGCCACCAUCUGCGCCUCCAGCCGCCAGCUGCUCUCCACACACUACAACCUGCACAACCUCUACGGCCUGACGGAAGCCUCCGCCUCCCACAGGGCGCUGGUGAAGGCCCGGGGGACACGCCCCUUCGUGAUCUCUCGCUCAACCUUCGCGGGCCACGGCCGCUGGGGCGGCCACUGGACCGGGGACGUGCGGAGCAGCUGGGAGCAGCUCUCGGACUCCGUGCCAGGUGAGGGUCGGCGGGCGCUGUUCCCUGAGGACACCCGCACCUGGGCGGUGGACCGCCAGCUGCUGUGGGGCGCCGCCCUGCUCGUCACCCCGGUGCUGGAGGCUGGCCGGGCCGAGGUGACCGGCUACUUCCCCGCCGGCACGUGGUACGACCUGCAGGCGGUGCCCGUGGAGGCCCUCGGCAGCCCCCCGCCUUCACCCCCAUUGCCCCGCAAGCCUGCCAUCCGCAGCGAGGGGCAGUGGGUGACCCUGCCAGCGCCCCUGGACACCAUCAACCUUCACCUGCGGGCCGGGCACCUCAUUCCCCUGCAGGGUCCCGGCCUGAGCACCACCGAGACGCGCCGGCAGCCCAUGGCCUUGCUUGUGGCCCUGGCCGAGAGUGGGGAGGCCCGGGGGGAGCUGUUCUGGGAUGACGGGGAGAGCCUGGACACGCUGGGGAGCGGGGCCUACACCCACGUGGUCUUCCUGGCGGGGAACAGCACCGUCAGGAGCGAGUUGGUGCACGUGGCCAGCGAGGGGGCGGGCCUGCAGCUGCGGAAGGUGACCGUCCUGGGGGUGGCCACGGCCCCCCAGCAGGUGCUGUCUGACGGCGUUCCUGUCUCCAACUUCACCUACACCCCCGAGACCAAGACCCUGGACAUCCCCGUCUCACUGACCAUGGGGGUGCAGUUUCUCCUCAGCUGGUCCUGACUGGGCCAGGGGUCCUGACCUCCCGCUGAGCCUGUGGGCUCGGGGUCAGCGCCACCACCGGCCCAACGCCCACAUCUGGCGAGUCCAUCCCUGGCCUGGGGCUCCGGAGUUGGGUGGUGAACUGCGGUGGACGCCUCAAGGCGCCCUGGCUGAGGGCAGGACAGAGCAGGCAGCACUCAGGCGGCCGCCCGCCCGGCAAGAGCGGCCCUGACCGCGGGAGUGCGCGGACCUCGUUGGUGCGGCCUGCAAGCAGACGUGGCCCUUCCAGCACGCAGGGCCGGCAGGACACGUCCAGGCCACGGACGGGCCACUCUACCCUGUGGACACUCCUGGCCCGUGCAGACUCAGGGCAGCCGCCCCACAGCCGCCCAGCCCGGGCCAGUGCGAGCCGAGGGCGCCACCCUCAACUGUGCGAACCCCCCGUGGGCCCCCCACCCCAUCACAGCCCCUCACACGUCCUGUAUGCUGGUGCCUGGUGUGGGCAGCGUGGCGGGGAACGUCCCUCCCGGGAGGGGCGCCUGCUGCGCCCCGGGGUGCUGGUCCCCACUGUGGGGGGCGCCGCGCCCCCACUCGCGGUGCCUGGCGAGGAAUAAAGCUGCGCUCUGCCCCGCG